AUCAAUUCGUACUAAAAAAUGUAUGGCGUAUCAUUCACAUCUUUAUGCAGUUAGUCGAUUCAACAACGAAUACUGUAUUAAUUAUGAUGAUACAAAAGGCUCUAACAUAUUGUUCUAUCUAAAGGCAACUAAGGAUCACAUAAGCUACGGUAUUUAUGAAGAGCUUAUAAAUAUACAUGCCCAAGAAAUCGAUGACAUUGUCAAGCUUGUUGUUUUGCUGCCCGCAGUAGUUUAUCAGGAUGAACAAAUAAGAUCUAAAAAUUUGAAGAACAUACUAAGUAAACGCAUAUUGAAUCUACAAAAAAAGAAAAGGCAACUUUUGUGUCACAAAAACCGUUAUAUAACUGAAGUCACAAAAAUAUUUGAAGAUGUACGGAAAUUAAAACAUGAAAAAGAUUCAUUACUUCAUAAAUUUGAAGAGACAAAUAUUUCAGGAACCAUAAUAUGUAAAAGAAUUUUAGAAAACUUAAAGAGACUACUGACGCUGUAUGAUAAACUUAAAUUCCAAGAAGUGGACUUUCGGGAACAAUGUCAGUUACAUUUAUAUUUUUUCAAUGAUAAAACUGAGAAAGUGAAGUUCGGAGUUUUAGGAAAAGAUGAUAAUCUUAUUAUAAAAUAUAACAAAAGUAAAAAAAAAACUAACAGUAUGAAAUUGCAAGUAGCAAAAAAAAAUCGAUCAAUAGCAUCUUUAACCAGACAACUAGAUGAUGUUCCUAGUAGAUCAGAGCUUACUCAGUACCAAAGACGUUUCAUGGAACUGUACAACCAAGUUGCAACAAAGCACAAAGAAACAAAACAGUAUUAUACCUUGUACAAUUUUUUAGAUGAUUCUAAAUUAUAUUUUUGCAAGGAGUUAUCUCUUCUUGACUCUAUUCAAGACAACUAUAAUGGAGCCAUGACGUCCAACACUGGAAAGGAGCAAUUUAUUCAACAACUUAAAGUUAUUGUCAAUGAAGUCCAGAAAAAUAAACUCAAAAUAGAAGGUAAACUGUUGGAAGAAAAAAGUCGUCGAAACAUUUUAAAUCAACAUCUUCUCUUUUCAUUAGAACAACAACGAAAAUACAUAGCUUCUGUUAAACAACUGACUUAUGAGUGCCGUAAAAAUGAGAUACUUCUAUUAAGAUUACGAGGAUGA